UAUAUAAACACUUGUAUAUGACCGUAGAAGCCAGUUCAGAGCCAGCAUCUGCGGAGGUACAACGUCAACAUGAAGCGCAUUACUUUGAUCGUGUUUGCGGCCGUCGUGGCCAUGGCUUUAGCAGAAGGCCAGUACUACGUGCCCCGCGCGUACUACAUUAUCGACGCGGAGGGCCACGCGUCCCCCCCUGUUCCUCUCCGCAGGCUGCGACGCUCCCUGAACCCCUACCCGUUGCCUUAUGCCAGCGGGGCCACUGCAAAUGCAAACGCUAACGCCGAAGCCCAGGGCUGGGGAGGUAAUGCGAACGCCAACGCCAACGCUCACGCAGUGGCUGGAUCUCGCGGAGGAGGCGCUGGUGGCUGGGAGCUUCCGGCCUGGAAUUACGGCUCCUCAAAUCCUAAUACCCUCAGCGCUGGAGAAACACGACGCCAGUUUGGACCAGUCUCAAGUGGACGGUCAGUUACUGCAAGCUCGUCGGUUGGCAUUGACUCCUCCGGGAAGGGAUACUAUGAUCAAUACACUUCAGUCACAAACUGAUUACCAGCUAAUACAAAAUCACCGAAAAUUUUCAGCUAAAACAUAUUUAUUUGAACAAAAUAUUUUAAAUAUAGAUAUUAGUUUAAUGAUUAGGUUUGUAACUCAUAUUAAAAAAAGAAGCGAAUUAUAUUUGGAGCUGUUGUUUAAAUGUAUGGAGAUAAAACAAUACCUACAAACAAUGCAAAGGGGCCUGUUCGAGAAAACGGUAUUACUGCAUAGAUUAUUGAUUUAAGUACUUACAUAUUUUUAACACCUUAAAUCAUCCAAUCAAGUUUAUCUACAAAUGUUAAAUACUAUUAAUGUCAGCAAAGACUUUUUAUUUAUUAACUGUUUUUUAAGCUACAAAUCAUUAUUAUUAAUCUCUUGAUAUUUAUUUCCUACCGCACUAUUUUUAAUUAGCUCACAAAAAAGGUGGAGUUUCUCAAUUCGGUUGUUUUCGAAAGGAGAAUUUAUUGGAAAUUAUAUAAAGGAAAUUAUUUAAAAGAAUAUUUAUUUGUUUGAGACGGUAUACUUUCUAUGUAGUCCCAUUUUCAGUCCCAAUUUCAUCAGGUUCAGAUCUGUUGACACCUAAAGCCAUUUGAGUAUUUUUUAAAGUAACUAUUGAAUUUGCUACCGAAAGACACAAUUUGGCGAACCUAUCGACUAAAAGGAGAGAAAAAAAAUGUUUUGACUAAAAGCACCGACUUUUUUUAUACAACUAAAAAGCAAUAAAUAAAU